AUGCACGUCGUUGAUCUCGACCUGGCGGAGAGAGAGACGAGAAGCGAGCCGGGGCGGCGGGACUUGGGCGCUGCGACGAAGGCGAGGAGGCGCGCCUCGUCGACCUCAUCAACCUCGCUCGCCGCAGCUCUGAGCAACGAUGGGGCGGCUUGCAGAGCAGCAGAGGAAACUCCUCGAGCAGCUCAUGGGCGCAGGUGCGCUCCCCCGUCUCGCUGUGUCGUCCCCGCCCGCUCCCAUCUCCCCCUCCUCCCACACUCGCCGCCCCGCACCACACCGCCCUGGCUCGCACGGCCGGGUGCUCGCGUGCAUCAGGUUCAGUGCACGAGACUGACCCACCUGUCUCCCCUGCACCCGGCGCCUGUUCCCCUCCCCCUCACUCCUCAUCGCUCCCCCUCCCUCAUCUCGUCCUCGUUCCCCCUACUCGUCCACGCAACAGAGGCGCUCGGCAUCGUCACGCACGACAUCUCGCUCUACGACCACAAGCUCUGCCACCCGUUCGUCGCCGGCAUCUGCCCGCAUGACCUCUUCACCAAUACGAAAAUGGACCUCGGAACGUGCGCCAAGACGCACUCGAUCAAGCUCAAGAACGAGUACGAGGGCAUGCUCAAGAAGGCCGAGCAGGACAAGGACGAGGACAAGAUCAAGAUGCUCAACUCGUUCAAGAUGAACUACGAGCAGGUCAUCAUGGGCUUCGUCGGCGAGUGCGACCGGAGGAUUGCGGCGGCUCAUCGCCGCCUCGAGAAGACGCCCGAGGAGAACAACCGCACCACGGCCCUCAUGCGCGAGGUCGGCGAGAUCGAGGGCGCCUACCAGGCCGCCAUGGCCGAGGUCGAGAUGCUCGGCUCGCAGGGCAAGGUCGAGGAGUCGAUGACGCAGCUCACCAAGGCCGAGGCGCUCAAGGCCGAGAAGCUCGACAAGGAGCGCGAGCUGCAGCAGCUCACCGACACGGCCGGCGCGUCGGGCAACCAGAAGCUGCGCGUGUGCGACAUCUGCGGCGCCUACCUGUCGAUCCUUGACUCGGACAGGCGUCUCGCCGACCACUUUGGCGGCAAGAUGCAUCUCGGCUACCACCAGCUGCGCCAGCUCAUCGACGAGUGGAAG